AGCCUUCCUAAUAUUCUCACCGAUGAUCGAUUUAAAGUUAUGUUUGAGAACCCUGACUUCCAAGUAGACGAAGAGAGUGAAGAAUUUAGACUUCUGAACCCACUCGUUUCCAAAAUUAGUGAAAAAAGGAAGAAGAAACUGAGACUCCUAGAGCAACAGGAACUUCAUGGAAAAGAAGAGGAGGAAGAACCGGAAGGAAAACCAAGUGAUGCAGAAAGUUCUGAGAGUUCAGAUGAUGAAAAAGACUGGGUCGCAGAGGUCAGGAAACAGCGCCGGCUUCUCCAACAGGAGGAAAAAGUGAAGAGGCAGGAACAGCUCCGGGAGGAUCAGCAGACGGUCCUCAAGCCGCAGUUCUAUGAGAUCAAAGCUGGCGAGGAGUUCAGAAGCUUCCAAGAUUCAGCCACAAAACAGAAGAUGAUCAAUAAAACCCUUGAAGACCGGUUGAAACUUGAAGCAAAAAACGGAACAUUGAGUGUAUCUGACACCACGGUUGGCAGCAAACAACUGACUUUUACAUUAAAGAAGUCGGAGCAGCAGAAGCAGCAGCAGCAGGCUGAGAAACUGCACCGGCAGGAGAGGAAGGCCAUGCGCCGCUCAGCAGGACAUCUCAGGUCCCGGCCCAGGCGGGGGCGGCCGUUCCACUGAGUCCAGAGCCGGCCCCACGCGUGACCCCGAGGAGCUCAGUGCAUCUCCCCUGCUGGAUCGUCGUUGAUUCGGGCGUGUUAGCCACAGCCAGGGUCGGGCAGCCCUCGAGUCCCGGGGAACCCUUGCAUCUGCAGAGAGAAGUCCAGACCGGGCUGUGGUCCCCAGGCCUCUGGUCAGACUCUGGGGCUGGGACUGCUGGCCACGUAGCGCCCUGGGGCACUUCUGUGUCAUGUGGCUCCCCAAGAACAUUGUUCCUUCCCCUGGUUUUAAUCCCACGCGAGAGGUGGGUGUCUUCGAAUACUGUGAGAUGUGCCCGUGAGCCGAGAGAGUCCUGGGCUGCAGACCAGGGCCUGGGGUCUUCUGGGACCAUCUGCCCUGCCCACUGCCGCUCACGACUCCGCUCGGCCCCCCACCCCUGCCCCAAGAGGCCACUCCCGUCUCGCCCAACUAUGGGCUUCGGUCACGUUUGUGUUUUUAAGAAUGUGCCGGUAAGUGUGUUUAUGUGUUGGUCUGGGAUUUUUUAAAGCACAUUUUUAUACCAAGAGAAUGUAAAUUAAAUGGUAAUAGCCAUCUAAAACAGAAAGUGGGAGCUACUGGAUAUUCUUUUAACUUGGCACAGGAUUAAAUACAGAUUUUUUUUUUCCCCCAAUGUCUUAAGUGCAAUUAGAGAUAUACUGGCUGGAGACAACGUUUAUAAAAAUAAAUGCUUUUGUUUGAACAGCUUC